CGUGAUCCAAGCAGUAGGUGGACUGGAAGCUUGGCUCUUGUCAACAUCCCAUCUCCCUACGGCCUGUUCUCAGGAUCUUGUUAGUCAACCGAGAUGGUUGAGGGAGUGAUGAUAUUUGCCGUAGAGGUAGUUCAGGGUUCAGUCGUCGUUCUGAGUAGGUGUUACUCUCUGUCUCUGGGGUUGUUGUACAUCUUCGGCUAUGUGUUCCGGUCACCACGUUUUGGUCUCGGUCCGUUCCACUCUUGUAAUUCUCCUGGCGGACAAGAAUGAAGACCAGAUAACGUCAUUGGAAGACAGAGAGAGACAUCAUCAAACAUCAAAUGGAAAGCAAAGAUAACAGGCGAUCACGGAUGGGUUAACAGUGGAAGACAGUUGAAUGCCAGGUAGCGGGCAGGCAAAAUGCUCCGGCGCGUUCCAAGUAGGCUUGGCAAAGGCAGCCAACCACUGGCGACCUCGCCCAAAGCCGGCGGUCCCCCUGUUUCCUGCUGCUGCUGGACCAUCGCUGGGACCAAUCCGGCCACGUCUCGGGGCCCCAACCGCUCCACCGCUCAUCUUUGCUGCCAUGGCUGAUGAUGCUAGGGACCACCGGGCCCAGAGCUUAGCGAACACCAAUGCGCUGGAAUUGAUUGAAUUGAACCCCAUGAUGAGUCCUGUGAGGGCUCCGACGUUUGAACAAUGUCUCUCCCUUCCCUAUUCCCAUCAACUGAACCUGCCCAUCCUCCGUCCCAUCUCCCCGUCCCCGAACCGCCCUCUGACGCCGACACCGACACCGACACCGACACCGACGUCUCUGUCCCGAGACAUCUCGAUCAGCAGAAGCCAACGCCUCCCGGGCACGCGACACCGCUAUCCGCUACACCACUGGUAGCAGCUGUUGUACCAGUCCCCGGCCCUUGGACAUCCUCCACGCACCCACAUCCCGCAACGGGAUCCAGAUUGGCUGGUGACGACAUCGAGAUGGAUUCUCUAGCACCCUCAGGGCACCGUCGCCGACGAAGCAGCUUGAUCAAUCCCGCCAAUGUCGCUAACAAUCGUCACCGGUCGCCACACGCGCGGGGCCAUGGCAUUGACGAGCCAAAAAUAUCAGAGGAGGGCAGUCUGGGAGAACCUCUACGGCUGGACGAGUUGGACGUGGAAUUGUCGGACGAGGACCUUCAUGACGACGAGGAGACUGGUUUGACGGCAAAGGAGCGGACGAGAAAAAAGAAAAAGAGAACUCGCAACCAAUUACUCGACCAGAGAAUAGUGCGAGAGAAGGUGUCGCCAGAAGAACAAAAAGAGGCGGACCGCUUUGUGAUGAAGGAGUUGUUAAUCAACGCUGGGCUCAUUGGGUUAUGGUACUUUUUUUCCCUGUUGAUAUCACUUUACAACAAAUGGAUGUUCUCUCCCGACAAGCUCGGCUUCCCAUUUCCUAUGUUUACAACAGCCAUGCACAUGCUCGUGCAAUUUUCCCUAGCCUCCCUCGUCCUAUAUCUCUUCCCAUCCUUCCGGCCCACCAACGGCCAUGUUCCAAAUCCAGGCGAGCUGGACUCGCCAGAAUCCAAGAAACCCCUAAUGUCACCAUUAUUCUACCUCACCCGCAUCGGCCCCUGCGGUCUAGCAACAGGUCUCGACAUAGGAUUAGGGAACACCUCGUUGCAAUUCAUCACCCUCACCUUCUACACAAUGUGUAAAUCCUCCUCCCUAGCCUUCGUCCUCCUCUUCGCCUUCCUCUUCCGCCUCGAAUCCCCCACCUGGCGCCUAACAGCCAUCAUCGCCACCAUGACCCUCGGCGUAGUAAUGAUGGUAGCGGGCGAAGUCUCCUUCAACCUCCCCGGCUUCCUCCUCGUCAUCUCGGCCGCCUUCUUCAGCGGCUUCCGUUGGGCCCUAACCCAAAUCCUCCUCCUCCGCAACCCCGCCACCUCCAACCCCUUCAGCUCCAUCUUCUUCCUCGCUCCAGUAAUGUUCGUCUCCCUGUUGACCAUCGCCUUCCCCGUCGAGGGUGUCUCCGGCCUCAUCAAAGGCCUCUCCGCCAUAGCAGAAGAACGCGGCACCCUCAUGGCGCCAUUGAUCCUCCUAUUCCCCGGCAUGAUCGCCUUUUUCAUGACAGCCGCCGAGUUUGCCCUCCUCCAACGCACCAGCGUCGUCACCUUGUCCAUCGCGGGGAUAUUCAAAGAGGCAGUCACCAUCUCGGCGGCUGCGAUUGUUUUUGGCGAUCGCAUGACAUUUGUCAACAUCAUCGGCCUGACUGUAACCCUCGUCGCAAUAGGAGCGUACAAUUACAUUAAAAUCUCCAAGAUGAGACGGGAAGCGCAGGAAGGUGUGCAUAAGGGGCAGGAGCAUCUGUUGGAAGAGCACACCACUGAUGGUCCCUCGAGCGGCAGCGACGAGGAGGAGGAUGAUGAUGAUGAUCUCCUUCGCAGGGGUGAAGCCGCGGGUUUGUUGCGGAGGGAAAGUCUUGACGAUCACGACGACGGGGUGUUGUUUACCGCGGACGGCGCAGAGGUCGUUAGUAGGCCCGUGUCGAAAUCCCCGGAUAAGCAUUUGCAGGAUAGGAGGGAGGAUUAAACCGCUGUAACACUGUAUUUGAUUUUCUUAUGUUUCUUUUCAGUUAUUUGUAUAUCUAUGAUACCCCCGGAACAACAAGAAGGAAACCAGACAACAUUUAAAGUUAAGCUUACUUCGUCAACAUCUAUACCUACCAAACGGGACGGGAGCGGGAAAGAGUUGGAGUCGAGCACAGAAAACAAAACAGCAUGGAAAAGUACAGGCGAACACAUACGGAGUGGUGGGGAAGGGGGGUUCGGGAGACGGCGGUGCUAUCUUGGAAAACUUUCUUUGGGCAUUCAAAUCCGUCUUUCUGUCUGUAUACGGACAGACAGAUAGGCGGGCAAGGCGUACAUUAUCAUUACCAGACAACACACAUCAUACAUAGCAUAGCAGCAUAGGAGGCGUAAAAUGGCAGAAUACAAUACAUAAAUUCUUCGUCA